AUGAGUCCUGAAGAAACAAUAGAAAAUUUUAAAAAGAUUGGUUUAAGUGAAUUAAAAGCAAAAGAAACCCUUAAAAAUGCCAAUGUAACAAAAUUUCUUCUACAAGUAAUAAAUGAGGUCGACGUAGAUAAGUUGCAACCAGGUGUGGGUUUACUUUUGUACCAUCUGGCUACUAAAAUCAAACCACAAAUUGCUGGUAAAAUUUCCUUUAUUUCUAAAUACAUAGUAGACGGAAAACUAGAUUCAACAUUAAGAAUUGAUGCUGCAUUAGAAUACGCUUUGAGCCAUGUUAAUGAAAAGAGUUUGAACAACAAGGAGUUUGAAGAGGCGUGUGGUGUUGGAAUUGUAGUGACACCAGAACAAGUUGAACAAUUUGUUGAGAAACAUAUGGCCAAAUACAAAAAUGAAUUGAUUGAGAAAAGAUACAGAUUCAACUCUGGGAUUGUUAUGCAAGCUGUCAGAGCUGACUUAAAAUGGGCAGAUGGGAAAGCAAUUAAGAAUGAAGUUGAUGUUCAGAUAUUGGAUCUCUUGGGGCCUAAAACAGAGGCUGACCUAGCACCUCUACCUAAAGUGAAAAAAGAGGCAAAACCUAGUAAUGAAGGUAAUAAGAAGCCAAAAAAGGAAGAAUCUCAGGGUACUAAAGUGACAACAGAUGCAACUGAUAUUGGAGGAGCUGCCUCAAUAUCUGAAUUAAUGAAAAAAUUACCAUUCCAUGCUCCUGGUGAUAACUUUAAAACCGACGGCUAUGUUGUUACUCCAAACACUAAGAAACUAUUAGAGGAACAUCUGAAAAUAACUGGAGGGAAAGUACGUACGAGAUUUCCACCUGAACCAAAUGGUAUUUUGCAUAUUGGCCAUGCUAAGGCAAUAAAUAUAAAUUUUGGUUAUGCUGCAGCACAUGACGGUGUCUGCUUCUUAAGAUACGAUGAUACAAAUCCUGAGAAGGAAGAAGAAAAAUUCUUUGUUGGUAUCAAAGAUAUGGUUGAAUGGCUAGGAUACAAACCGUAUAAAAUAACACAUUCGUCAGAUUAUUUCGACCAGUUGUAUGAGUGGGCAGUGAAAUUGAUUAAUAAGGAUAUGGCGUAUGUCUGCCACCAAAAAGCAGAGGAAAUAAAAGGCUUCAACCCACCUCCGUCGCCGUGGCGCAACCGACCUAUUGAAGAGAGUCUCCAAUUAUUUGAGGAUAUGAAAAAUGGAAAAAUAGAUGAGGGUGAUGCGACUUUAAGAAUGAAAAUAACGUUGGAAGAGGGUAAACAGGAUCCCGUGGCUUAUAGAAUAAAAUUCUUGCCACAUCAUCGUACGGGCAACAAAUGGUGUAUUUAUCCAACAUAUGAUUAUACACAUUGUUUGUGUGACAGUAUUGAGCAUAUAACACAUUCUCUGUGUACCAAGGAGUUCCAGUCUAGAAGGUCAUCCUACUACUGGUUAUGUAAUGCGUUGGAUAUCUAUUGUCCUGUUCAAUGGGAAUAUGGACGGCUCAAUGUGAAUUAUACAGUUGUGUCCAAGAGGAAAAUUGCAAAGUUGAUUGACGAAGGAUUUGUCAAUGACUGGGACGACCCUCGUCUAUUCACAUUAACCGCGUUACGUCGCCGCGGGGUGCCAUCAGCCGCUGUUAACGCGUUCUGUGCGGGUUUGGGUGUAACUGGCGCUGUGGGGGCCGUUGACCCGGCAUUGUUGGAUGCGGCUGUGAGGGACCAUCUUAAUACUUCUGCACCUAGAACAAUGGUAGUUCUAGACCCGCUAAAGAUCACAAUAACAAACUUCCCAAAUGAAGCUAUAUCGGUGAAAGUACCCGACUUCCCAAACGAACCAGACAAGAGCUUCCAUAACGUUGUCUUAGAUAAAACAUUAUAUAUUGAAGCAAACGACUUCAAAGAACAACCAGAGAAGGGUUAUAGAAGAUUGACACCAAAUCAAACAGUUGGCUUGCGACAUGCUGGAUUCAUUAUUAAGGUGUCCAAAGUGAUUAAAGACAACGGAAAAGUGAUAGAAGUUGAAUGUACUGCGGAGUCGACUGAGUCGGCAGAAAAACCGAAAGCUUUUAUUCAUUGGGUCUCACAACCGAUAGCUGUUGAAGUCCGAUUGUAUGAACCUCUAUUCAAGCAUAAAAAUCCAGAAGAUCCCGUAGAAGUACCGGGAGGUUUCUUGUCCGACUGUCGCACGGAUACGUUGAGUGUCGUACGCGCGUACGCAGACGCGUACUUAAAAUGCGCUAAACCCCACGACAAGUUCCAGUUUGAGAGAAUUGGAUUCUUCUCUGUCGAUUCGGACACUAAUGCUUCAAAUAUCGUUUUCAACAGAACCGUGUCGCUGAAAGAGGAUAGUGGAAAGUAA